GCCUCCAGAGGAUGAUGGCAAACCACUUUGUAAACCCUGAUUCUAGAAACUGCAAGAGAUCAAGAGAACUGGAGCCCCAAGUGUCAGAUAAUGCACAGGUACCCUCACUUGGAAAAUCAGAUUCUUCUUUCGCUGAAAGUUCUGGACUCCUUUAUAAAGAGGACGCCCUGGAGAAGGAUUUGAGCGAUAUGAGCAAGGAAAUUAAUCUGAUGUUGUCUACAUAUGCAAAAAUUUUAAGUGAAAGAGCAGCAGUAGAUGCAUCUUAUAUUGACGAGUUAGAUGGACUCUUCAAAGAAGCCAAUAUUAUUGAAAACUUUCUGGUACAAAAAAGAGAGUUCCUGAAGCAGAGGUUUACAGUAAUUACCAACACCCUGCACAAGUAAAAUACCUGUACCAACUGAAAGUCGGUUCCUAUUAUUGCUGUAUCCUACUUAUUAAAGAAAAUAUAUGUAGUAAACUGUAACUUUUUAUAAAUUUAAAAGGGGUUUUAAAGAUGAACAGUAAUAUAAAGUUUGUAAUCUUUCUUUUGAGGAUCAAAUAUUUGGCACAUUAUAUAAAAAUGUAAAUUAAAAAUUAUAUAUG